AUGGCGCCCCCGGGGGAGCCGCCGGACGCGGAGGACGGCGGCCUGGCGGCAUCCGCCGUCCCCUCCUGCCCCCCCGACGGCAUUGAUGCGCCCUCGAAGGCGAUGCGCGCCUGGGGCGCCGAGCCGGGCACCGGGGAGGGGUUGCGGUCGCGCCGGCCGCCCAAGGUGAGGCAGGAGAGGGACAUGCUGUGGCAGCGUGAGCCAGACCGAGUGCUCAAGUACCGCCCCGAGCACCUGCACUACUACGGCUGGAUGCCCGCCUUCGUGCCCGGCAACAUCAAGGCCACGGUGUUCUCCAACGUGUACCUGCACGUCCAGGCGGCCGCCCUGCUGGCCUGGGUGGCCGUCUUGCAUGUCACGGGCCUGUCGGUGCCCAAGGCCGACCUGGCGUCCUUCCUGCGCCUCUUUGGUACCCCUUACGCGGGCGCCAUCUUCAACAUGGCGAUGCUCAUCACCUUCGUGCUGGGUCUGUUCGUGUCGCUGGUGGUCAACCGCUGGUCGACGAUCAAGCAGGCCUACGCGCGCCUGAUCGGCUCCACGAUGGACCUGGUCAUGCUGGUGUCGACCGUCGUGCGCGACCCGGGGGACCCCAGGGAGCCGCGGUGCCUGCGGGCACGCGUGGAGGUCACCCGCCUGCUCAACCUGGGCCACAUCCUGGCCAUUUCCAGGGCGGACGCCCUGGACAGGGACUUCAAGCCCGCCCGCGCCGUGGGCCACCUCGCCAAGGUGCUGGGCGCCAGCCUGCGCCACGGCGCCACGGCCCCCCCCCGAGAUGCGUUCUGGUCCAAGAAGCCAAGGAACAUCGACCUGGAGGACCUGGAGGAGGAGGGGCUGGUGAACAGGGACGAGUGGGAGAUCCUAGAGGGGGGGUGGACUGAAGGGCUGGCAAAGCACCAGGUCGUGUACUUCUGGGUGCAGGCGGUGCUGCUGCGGUGCAAGGGCGCGGGCUGGGUGGCGUCCGAGGGGCAGAUGCUGCCGCUGAUGCUGGCCAAGCUGAACGCUGUGGUGGAGGCGGCGUCGCAGAUGUUCAACACGAUCGGCUCGCAGAUGCCGUACCCCUACGUGGCGCUGGUGUCUUUCGUGGUGCACGCCUACCUGUUCGUCACGGCCACGUGGUACGGCCUCUUCCUGCACGUGGGCUUCCCCACGGAGGAGAAUUUCGUGGGGGCGUUCGGCGGCAGGGAGGUGGCCCUGCACAAGGGCCGAGCGGAGGUGUCCGACAGCUACUGGACCGCCGCGUGGUGCUACUUCUUCGUGGCCCUUGCCAACGUGAUGUUCCAGGGCCUGCUGGACAUGCACGCGCUCAUGGACAACCCCUUCGGCGCCCACGUGGCCAAGUUUCCGCUGCGGGCGCAGGCCACGCGGCUGCUCAAUGCCACGCGGACGAUGCUCAGCCAGUCGGACGCCAUGCCCGCCGCGUUCGGGGACAUCUUUUCGGACAUGCUGGACGGGGACGACGGGGGGGUCCUGGAGUUCAAGCGGUCGAUCGAGGCCGCGGCCGGGCGCCCGUCGGCCCGCCGCACGGGCUCCCUGUCGGCGAACUUCAUGAACCCGCCGUCGAUGGGAGGCGGGAUGACGUUCAGCGAAGUGCACGCCUGGGCGUCGCCGCGAGUGUCGCAGGAGGGCAGCGGGUCAGCCAACGGGAUCGCCGUGCAGGUAAUGCCGGAGGCCAACUCCUCGACGCAGAGCGGCAGCUGA